UCUGUAAUCGUAAGGUGAAUCUCUGCUAAGUCUGGCGGGGAGUGUUUUGCAUGUGUGAGUUAUCAGUUCGCAUCUGAUCACUGACGGUUGUCCUUUGAAGACAGAAGAGAGGGCCAUGGAUGAAAUUCGAAAGUUGUGUCGGGCAUACGGCUCCCUGGACGUGCAAUUAAGCCCCAAGAAUCAGUUUCGGCAAACAAAAGUGCCUUGCAAGAACAACGGUUACUGUUUAUCAAAAGUGGAGAAGCUCUACACCAAUGGUCUUGCAGUGAAUUUUGAAGUCGACUCUAGAUGGUGUAACGAUGCUGCUCCAUGCAAUCAGAACACUGCAGCUGCAGCUGUAGCGGUCAAUGAGGACCCACCUUCACCACAAGAUGCCAUUUUUCGUGCCAUCGUACGGGCUGCUCUGAUGGUAGGCAAUGAAAGUCCAGAAAGGGUCCAUGACUUCUGCUUGCAGAUCAAACGCUGGGCCAAUUCUUCGCUUGGAAACGAACGAUCAGAAUCAAAGAACGAAUUGAACUGUUUGUGACAUACGUGUCACACUAGAUGGUGUUGCCAGUCUGUAACUGCAAUAUCUGUAUCUUGUUGUGUGCUGAAUGGUGAGAAUGUCUGUCGUACUCUACAUGCUCGCUGCGUUCUUGGCUGUAAUAUAGGUGUACUAAAAACACAUUAUGCAACCGGAUUACAAGUUUUGCUCUAGAAGAUAUUUAGA